AUGUACGAUACGAUAGUUGUUGGUUUGGGUGCGUCAGGUGCUUCUGCCGCUAGCACGCUGGCGCGCUCCGGCAAACGAGUGCUCGUGCUAGAAGCCCAGAACAGGGUCGGUGGUAGAGUCUGCACUGUUCCUUUCGGUGAUGGGGUCGUUGAGCUAGGAGCUGAAUGGAUCCACGGGCAGCGACCCAGCAGCGUCUACGACCUGGCCAUACAGAAUAACGUGCCGGUCAUCUCCCAAGACAUAUCAAUGGAUGUGUACCUGUCAGACGGCAGUAAAGGAGACAGAGACUUGAUCAACGAGCUGGUGGCAUUCGCUUUGGAAGUCUGCGAAGAUCCUCCAAAAGAAGCCCAGCCUUUGGGACAGUAUAUCACGAGCAGACUCUUGGAUUACAUAAAGGGGAAAUACCCAGAUCUAUUGAAGGACCAGGACUACAUAACUGAAUUGCUGGCGUUCCUGGACCUUGUUAUUGACAAUUACGAGGCGACGACCAGCUGGAAUGACGUCACUACAGAGAGUAAAUAUAGAGAGCUGGACGGAGAUCAGCACAUCAGCUGGCAUAGGAACGGUUACAAGACUCUAUUUGAAAUUCUAUUGAACACUUACAAUAACGGAACAGGGUUGCCAAAUUUAGAAUAUAAAUUAAACAAGGAGGUUACACAAAUAAAUUGGUCCCAGGAUCCUAGCAAAAAGGUGACAGUGACAUGUAAAGACGGCAGCUCCUAUACAGCCGAAAAUGUCAUUGUGACAGUGUCCAUUGGUGUGCUGAAAGAGAGACAUUCACAGAUCUUCUCGCCAACGUUACCACCAAUAAAAAUAAAAUCUAUACAGACUAUAUCUAUAGGGGUUAUGGACAAGAUUAUAUUACUGUUCCCUUAUUCGUGGUGGCCGAAAAAUAGUUCUUUCUUCGGCUUUCUUUGGAGGAAGAGUGAGAAGAAGAUGAUAGAGGAGGAUGAUAGAUGGGUUACACAGAUAUUUGGGAUGAGCACCCCUUUAGGUUGUGAUAAAGCAAUAACGCUAUGGACUAGUGGUGAUGCUGGUAAGACGAUAGAAACUCUACCCGAUGAGGUGAUAAAGAAGAAAUCAAUGGAACUGAUUAGAAGAUUCAUGGGCGCGAACACCACUGUCCCCGAUCCUAUUGAUAUGAUAAGAUCGUCGUGGUACACGAACCCGUACACGCGCGGCAGUUACACGUACGAUCACGUCGCCUCCCCCCUCCACCCGACCGCGCGCGCGGACCUCGCUCAGCCAAUCACAGACGCGGCCGGCGCGCCCAGAAUAUUAUUCGCCGGCGAAGCGACGGACCCGUCCCACUUCAGUACCGUCCACGGCGCCGUGGACUCUGGACGUCGCGUGGCCGCCAUCUUAAUGCCCAAGAGUAUCAUCUCGAGCUGUCCGUAUUUGUGA